CAGUGUCAAGGGUCACAUCCGAAGAAUUACCACCUAUCCAAGUUAAGGGAAAACUCGCGAGCUGUCUGGAUCCGUGGAACAGUAUCCAGCCAGUCACUGCUUCAGCAGAGAAAGAAGGGGAUGGAGAAGUGAAGGAGGGAUCUGGAAUAGACUAAAUCUAUAAAACAGAUUUUAGUAACAUAUCUGGCCGAUAAAUAACGAUCUGUUUUAUACCAUUGAAUGGCCCUUAGAUCCAGAAACUAUAUUUACUUUAUUGUAUAUUUAAAUUCAAAACCGGACAGUUUUCCCUCCAGGUGCGUGCUAUUUAAAUUUGUUUCGAGAUUAGGGCGCUUUUUUGCCCUCAGAUUUCACAGGCCAUCGAGAUGCCGUCAAACCAGGAAGUUGUGCAGAUAUUUUUUUGUAAAAACAAGCUGAGAACGUGAUCGUCUACUCUUCAGUAUACUCAACCUUUCCGCUUCCUGUCGUGGCAGCUCCGUGAUAUAAAAUAAAAGUCAGGAUUAUUUCUAACAAAUCUUCUGCCGGGCCCCGAAGAGUGGAGCCUGGUUUUAAUGGGCGAUCGAGCUAUCGAACUGGGAGUGAGGGAAGGAACGAGCAUAGGAUUGUACCCGAUUCAUUGUUGCCGCUGAGUCCUUGCAUCUGAUACAUUGUUCCAAUUUUAUUUUGGAGCCGAUACAUUGUUGUAUCUGCAUCGUCGGCCUGAAUGGCGAGCGACAGUAGCCUGAGAUGCACGGACGAGCCUGCUCCAGACGGCUCUUGCGAUGUUUGUGAGCCGGACGAGGCACGACCCGCCCUCAAGGUCUGCGAUGACUGCCGUCUCUCCUUCUGUCAACAACACGCCCGGGAGCACGACGCGAAACCGAGCAAGCGGCAGCAUCGGCUCCGGGACUUCGAGGCAGCCAGCGAAACCCCGGAGCUGCAAGAGCAGAAAGAGGAGACUGCCGGAAACCAGGAAGCAGCCGAGGGAGAUGGAAAGCAAGGCGAGAGGAAGAAAUGUGUGGAUCACGAUCAGGAGAUCACACUCUACUGCAAAGACGACGAGAAGAUCAUUUGCGUGCUGUGCGCCCUUGGCCCCCACAGACAGCACCAGCUGAUUACAUUAGACGAAGCCUAUCUCGCCCUGAGAAAUCGACCUCCCAUUGACCUGAAGGCUGCCAUGCUGGAGAUGGUGGACCGGCUGAAGAUGAAAAGCUCUGACCCCAAUGUAACUCAGGGACAGAUGGAGGACUGCAUUAAGCAGGAAUUUGCUAAAAUGAGGCAGCUGGUGACCGAGGAAGAGCGCAAGGCCCUUCACCUCGUGGACCUGCAGGAGGCAGUAGCUACGGCGCAUGUAGCUGAGCUGAUCGCUGAGAUUAAUGUCACCAUGGAGAAGCUUACAGAGGAGAUGCAGGAGAUCACAAGGCAGCUGGAUGCCUUCAACCAGUUGGCUCUGCUGAAACCAAAGGUUAUUGAAGCUAAACCCAGAAUGAUCGACUUGAGGGUACUGUUACUCGCUGCAGCCCACGGACUGUGCUACGGGUACUCAGAAUCAAACGCAUCAACAUGGACACAGACGAUUCCCCGCGUCUGAUAUAUUCCGCGACAAAACACGAUCCAUGCAAACAAGGAUACCUGAAUGCACCAGAGGGAGUGCAGAUAUGUAUGAGCUGCACCACGUUGUCCCAAUUGCAUGGAUGGCACCAGUGUGCCAAAGAGUGCGUGGCUGUUCUGUGUGUCAUGAGAGGUCAUAACAUCCAACAUCCUACAGGUAGCCAACAGGCUCAGACCUGUCCUGACCCAAUGUGAGAUACAUUGGAGGGUUUAUUCCGAAUUAACUCACAUGGGUAGUGUGCUAGGAUAAGAAGCCCACAACUAUUACUCAACCAGGCCCCCAAGCAUCAACACCAUCCCCGCAGAACUGAAAUGUCCCCAAACAUCACCAGGACCAGACAAUGGUCUGACCCUUGUAAAGGAUGAUCAAGUUUUCUAUGACAAUGGUACCGUUGUUAUUGAAUGUAUCAGACAUUAGCACCCUCUUAGUGUUCAACCAAGACACAAAAAUUACACUCAGACCAGUUGAGGUGAGUGCUAAAAAAGGCAGCCCAAUUUAAUGGUGGGAAGAAACAUAAAAUCUACCCUCAGAAAGGAGAGUGAAGAAAGCAUAGUUAGUGUAGUAAACGAUGCUGCCAUGAUAUUUAACACAGGGACAUCUGUGGUAAAUUCAAUUGAUUUGACUUCAUUGGACAGGAAGAUCCACAAACUGAGUAAACAAUUUAAGGAAAUACUCAAACAAGAGCAAGAGGUCCAGGGCAGGCAGCUCCGCACUAACCAAGAUCUGACUCAAGUGGUUCAGGGCUUGGCUACUCCAUUGGAAAGUCACACUAAGACCAUUAAUGAGUUAAAUAAAGAGGGAGAUAAUGCCUCGAACCGAGCAUCUCAAAAUGAUUUCUGUACCACCAAUGGGUCCUGGGUGCUUGAAUAGACUAGGAGGCAGCUGCAGGAUGGCAUGCUACCAACCAGGAAAAUGGGAUUUGAUACCAGGUCAGGGGUUUAGUUUGUGUGUACUGCACAAAUACUGAAUGUGUUGUGUGGAAUGGAAUGUUAAUUUGUAUGGUCUUAGUUAUUACAGUGUUGACAGACUCAACCCCCGAGAGAACAUCAUACAGAGUAGAAAACAAGGUAUUAUAAUGGAAGAUUAUUAUACACGAUACCAUAAUGUAGCACCUUAUGCAGUCAAGAUAGGAGAGAACAUGUUUGGUAUGGCCUUAGAGGGAUGUACGAUAGGGUCAUCAAUGGUAGCAUGUCCACAAUCAAUCUACAUGACGGAGGAAGCCAAAUGUGGGUUCAAAGCCACAGCUAAAUGUGCCAUGGAGACCAUACUGGCUAGAAUGGAACAGACACAAGUGGCAUACAUAGGACAAGGGAGAUAUAGCAUUACCACCUCCAGCCAGGAAUUUUAGUUUGGGAGUCACAUUCCCACUGAACAAUCACACUCUGUGCUUGCACCCACAAAUCCUAGCCUGGGCGUGGGAGGUAGAAUUGUUGGAUAUCUAUAAGCAUGAAGCAGCUUAUAUACAGGUGGAGGGGAAUAUAAAAGAUAACGGCACAAUAUGUCACCCAAUUCUUUUAUCCGAUACACUCAUUACCCGAGCACCUAAUGGCCGGAAAGAGCUUGAGAGGGUACACAGGACAUAUUGCAACAGACAAAGACAUUGAUCGGAUAGAUGACACCACACGAUGGGAACACAUUUGGGAUGGAGUCUUAACAUUCAGAUACAUCGAUGGAUUUGAAUAUUCUCGCAUGGUCUAGUGGUAGUACAGUUGUUAAUUGUUGUGCAAUUGUUGUGGGAGGCCUGUACCAGACAGAGGAAGCGUCAUUGGGAGGAAUGGCUAAAGAGAUAGCCAAAUAUUUUACCAAAGUUCCAGGAAAAUGGAAAUUGAUGGAAAGUACAUCACAGUGACCAUAAAAUGGGAUGUAAUGCACUUAACGGUGGAUGCCUGUGGGCAUAAAAGUGUUAAUAAGCCUGGCAACAGCAACCUAUACAUUGCUGUUACACAACAGAUAGCGUGGUUUAGUUGCCAGUAAAUGAAGAGAAUAAUAUCUGUAACUUAACCACUGACUUUUGCAAUAUAGAGAGAGAACAAGAUUAUGAUGAAAUUGUCAGAAUGGAACUUGCCCAGCAUUUGCUAUUGAUGCUUUUGUAGUUUGUUUCUUUGAUUCACAUUUUUUAAACAAUUUAUGGACUGGUUUUCUUUGUAGAAGUCAUACAAAAUGCAGUCUAAGAGAUUGAACAAUGUAUUUUUAACAUAACACAAAAUGGUUGCUUGGUGGAUUGAGAGCUGACGGGAGAGGAUCAGGUUGUGGACAAACAAUGACCAGAAAAAAAGAGAACACUCCCAGACAUGUAGGACAAAACGAGCCAUACUGCACCUACACACACAGAAACCUGGAUCAAAGGACAACCCCAGUGUGGUUUGAAUGCUACAACCAGGCUGCAGGCAGUUGUGAUGACCCCAACUACCCAUCAUCUCACCGGGUGGGUAACUUGAGGCUAAAGCACUGUACCAAUGAGAAAAUGACAUCACUGCAAAUAUAGUAUGCAGGUUCAACAGCAGGGUAUGAGAACCGGAUGUGCAGGAGACUCGUGGCUGCAGUCUGAAGAGGGAAUAGCCUGGUCAACUAUCAACAUCAGUUACAGAAUAGGAUAGUUCAACCAACCAAUCUUGUCUGUCUCUCAAGAAACCAAGUAACCGGAUUGUGAGCAUACAUUAGAAGAUAUUUGUAUCAGUAUUUUUUAUAUUGGGAUCGAUUUAUAUGCAAAAGGAUUUGGGUUAAUAAAGGUGUUGCUUGUAAUGCAA